AUGCUGCGCUACGCGAUCUGUAAUAUAAAGUGUUUACAAAUACCGAUAUUAUCAAAUUCUUUAUCAACAAAUCAGUUCAAUGAAUCAAAAGUUUAUAGUUUCACUUCAAGAUUACAAUCAUUGGCAGAUAAAAGUAAAAAUAUUUUAAUGAAUCGUGAUCCUUAUAGUCCACCAGAAGAUGUUGAAUUACGUAUUGAAGCUUUAAGUAAAAAGUUAUUCAACUUGAGUUCAUCAAACAAUAAUCAAUGGAAAGCUUAUCGUUUUCAGAAUAAUGAUGAAAAAUAUAAAAUAUUUACCGCAUGUAUUACAGAGUUUAAACAUCAUAUUGCCAAUAGUUACCUUCAUGAAAUUAAUUCUAUUGAAGAUUUAAUCAAUUAUUUUAUGACACCAGUAGAAACACCAGAUUUCUUAUAUAAAUUAACAUCAGAUGCAAAAAAUAAUCUUUGUGAAUUACCAUCGAAUUUAAAUAUACAAUUAGAACCAGUACGUUAUAAUCCGAAUGAAGAUCAUUUUUUCAAAGUUAAUGCUUAUCCUGGUCGAUCAACAAUUGUUAGUAAUUUGGCUGCUACUAGAAAAUAUCCAAGUUAUCGUGUUAGUCGUUUAAAACGUAUUCGAGUGGAAUAUGAAGAUAUGUAA